AUGUUACCACUAUCUCUAAUUCGAGUAUUAAACAAAGAUGGCCUAAUUCUUCUUAUCUCAGCUCUUUCCACUCUCAUUAUGAAUGCAGCCAUCUACUUCUAUCUAAGUCAUCUGUACCACACACUCGAAACAUCACCCACUUGUUCUUGGAUCCUACCACGUAUCUAUCUAGUCUCCCUUAAUUUAUUUCCUAUUCUAGCCAGUCUAGUCACUAUCUUCAUUGUCAGCCGUAUUAUAGUGCUUAUGUUCACCCAACCCAACCACAACUGUGCCAAUAUUGCCUGGCAUUAUGCACGCUGCUAUCUAUUAUGUUUAUGCGCAUUCGUAUCUAUUGGUCUACUUAUUCCCAUUGUCCUCCUACUCACUCUCAACUGGGUUUUCUGUUACACCAACUUCCAACAACUUCUCCUCUUCUUUACCCCGUCCCAGCACCCCAUACCACCACUCAAUAUCUAA